AUGGCUAGAGGUAAUGGCCCACAAGUGACAAAUCUUCAUCAUUUCCGAGUUGAUGUUUUUCUAAGUGUGAUUGAUCUUCAAUUACAAGAACUUGAAAAUCGGUUCUCUGAGGUAACUAAAGAUUUACUUGUGUGUAUGUCUUGCUUUAAUCUCUCUAAUCAAUUUGCUUCUUUUGACAAAGAAAAAUUGAUUCAACUUGCUAAAUUCUAUCCCAAUGAUUUUCCGACUGCGGAAAUAAUUGUCUUUGAUCGUGCACUUCAAAAUUUCAUUGUUACUAUGAGAACAGAUGAUAGAUUCUGGAAUUUGAAGACUAUUAAUGAGCUUUCUAUGAAACUUGUUGAGACGGGGAAGCAUAAAACUCAUGACCGGGUCUACUUGCUUUUGAAGUUGGUGUUGACUCUCCCUGUUGCAACGGCAAGUGUGGAAAGAGUAUUUUCUGGGAUGACGCAAGUGAAAGAUAAAUUGCGCAAUAGCAUGGGAGAUCAAAUGUUGAAUGACUGUUUGAUUACUUACCUAGAGAAAGAUUUGUUUUUGAAUGUUAAUAUGGAUGAUAUAAUAAAUAGAUAUCAAAACAUGAAAAGCCGUACAGAGCAAUUGUAA